GUUUAAAGGGCUCAGACCGGCUGGGGCGGGAGCAGACGCUGAGCAACAGCGGCGGCUGGAGACGGAGACGAGGGAGGCAGCAGGCGGGGAGCGAACGGCGGGCAGGCUGAAUGAGCUGCCUGUGUCUGGCCCUGCCUGACCCCAGGCAACUCCCUGGCCAUCAUGUGGCGGCUGCUGCUUAUGGCCACCACUACAGCUGUGGUCCUCCUUUCCUCGCCGCCACCUGUCCUAGGCGUGCUGUCCCCACCCGCCGCCUUCACAGUCUCGGACCUUUCCCUCACACACCUGGCUGUCCACCAUGACACGGGCGAGGUCUACCUUGGGGCCAUCAACCGCAUCCUCAAGCUCUCGGCCAACCUGACCCAGCUGCGGGCUCACACCACGGGCCCGGUGCCCGACGACCCCCGCUGCUACCCUCCGCCUGGCGUGCGACUCUGCGCUCAUCGCCUGGCCCCCGCCGACAACAUCAACAAGCUACUGCUGAUCGACUACGCUGGCAGCCGCUUGGUGGCCUGUGGCAGCGUCUGGCAAGGGGUGUGUCAGCUCUUGCGGUUGGAUGAUUUGGCCAAGCUGGGGGAGCCGCACCAGCGCAAGGAGCAUUACCUUUCCGGCGGGCGCGAGCCAGACGCCAUGGUUGGUGUGAUUGUGGAGCAGCCAAGGGAGCCCAGCCAGUUUUUUGUGGGCACAUCCAUUGGGGGGCGCUCAGAGUAUUUCCCCACUCUCUCCAGCCGCCGCCUGACCCCCGACGCCAGCAGUCCUGAGAUGUUCAGUCUCGUCUAUCAGGAUGAAUUUGUCUCCUCCCAGAUCAAAGUACCUUCGGACACUCUCUCGCUCUACCCGGCCUUCGAUAUCUACUACGUUUCUGCAUUUGUCUCCGGUGGCUUUGUGUAUUUCCUCACCCUGCAGCUGGACACAGCUCAGACCCCACUGGAGCCGGCAGGAGGCCCAGGGGGUCCGGGCGUGACUGGCGGGGAGCGGUUCUUCUCCUCUAAGAUCGUGCGCUUGUGUGCCAAUGACACAGAGUUCUACUCGUACGUGGAGUUCCCGCUGGGUUGCUCCAAGGAUGGCGUGGAGUACCGCCUUGUGCAGGCCGCGCAGCUGGCCAAAGCAGGCCGCGAGCUGGCCCGGUCGCUAGGCAUCGCGGAAGGGCAGGAUGUGCUCUAUGCCGCCUUUUCGCAAGGCCAGAAGAACCGCGCUGCCCCGCCCCGCGAGAGCCUCCUCUGCCUCUUCACGCUGGAUGAGGUCAACCAGCGCAUCCAGGAGCGCAUCCAGUCUUGCUACCGAGGGGAAGGCCGGCUCUCCCUCCCUUGGCUUCUCAACAAAGAGCUGCCCUGCAUCAACACGCCCAUGCAGAUCAAUGGGAAUUUCUGUGGUCUGGUGCUGAACCAGCCCCUAGGGGGGUUGCAGGUCAUUGAAGGGCUCCCACUGCUGGAGGAGAAGACUGAAGGAAUGGCCAGCGUUGCUGCCUACACCUACCGUGGCCACUCAGUUGUCUUCAUUGGAACGCGUGCGGGCAACCUCAAGAAGGUGAGAUGUUCUCCUUCGGUGUGCGUGUGGGACAACCCCAACGAGGCCCAUCUCUACGAGUCUGUUCCUGUGAUGCCUGGGGAGCCGCUGCUGCGUGACAUGGUCCUGAGUCCGGACCAGCGCCACCUCUACUUGCUCAGCCAGAGACAGGUGGUCCGGCUCCCCGGAAACUGUGAACAGUACUCAUCUUGUGCUGAGUGCCUGGGCUCCAGAGACCCACACUGCGGCUGGUGCGUCCUGCACAACAGGUGUUGCAGAGAGAGCGAGUGUCCCCGCGCUGCAGAGCCUCACCGUUUCACAGCAUCUCUGACUCAAUGUGUGCGGCUGCUUGUUGAGCCCAACAACAUCUCGGUGACAGAGCCCCGCAUUGUGCUUCACCUUACUGUCCACAAUGCCCCAGACCUUACGGCCGGUGUGAUCUGCUCCUUUGAGAGCCUUGGAGAGAGCGAGGGGCAACUGCAGGUGGACGGAGGGAUCCGAUGCCUUUCUCCUACAUUGAGGGAUGAGCCCCCUGGGGAAUACGGUGAUGUUCGCACUGUUAGACUCCGACUUCUCUCCAAGGAGACGGGGGUUGAAUUCGCCAGCACUAAUUUUGUCUUCUACGACUGCAGCCUUCUGCGCACAUGCUUGUCGUGUGUGAGCAGCCACUACCCUUGCCACUGGUGUAAAUACAGACACACUUGCACCCACAAUGUUGCCAAGUGCUUCUUCCUAGAAGGGCGAGUCAACACCACGGAGGGCUGCCCUGAGCUGCUUCCUGGUGGCGAGAUACUGAUCCCAGUGGGAGUGUUGCAACCCAUUACCCUGCGUGCCAAGAACCUUCCUCAGCCUCAGUCAGGACAGAAGAACUAUGAGUGCGUCCUGGGCAUCCAAGGCCGGCAGCAGAGAGUCCCAGCCGUGCGUUUCAAUUCAAGCAGUGUUCAGUGCCAGAACACCUCGUACUGGUAUGACAGCGAUGACCUGGGGGAACUCCCGCUGGAUUUUGAUGUCAUUUGGGAUGGAGACUUCGCUAUUGACAAGCCACCAGGGUUCAAAGCUCUGUUGUACAAGUGUUCAGCCCAGCGCUCCAGCUGCGGGCUCUGCCUCAAGUCAGACCCGCGCUAUGAGUGUGGUUGGUGUGUUCCAGAACGCCGUUGUCUCUUGCGCCCUCACUGCCCUGCUUCCCGGCAGAAUUGGGUGCCGCCUGGACGGCGGGGGGCCCGCUGCGCCCACCCCCGCAUCACCCAGGUGUUGCCAUUGACUGGCCCCAAGGAAGGUGGGACACGAGUGACAGUUUGGGGAGAGAACCUGGGGCUUCAUUUCUUCGAGGUGGGGGUCCGUGUGGCAGGUGUGCGCUGCAGUUCUCUCUCUGCUGAAUACAUCAGCGCUGAGAGGCUGGUAUGCGAACUGGAGCCAUCGCUCUUGCCUGACCCUCCCCCCGGGCCUGUGGAGCUGUGCGUAGGCGAUUGCAGUGCUGACUACCGGACCCAGUCAGAUACUCCCUUCACUUUUGUGACCCCCAGUUUUCAUGGGGUAUACCCAGAACGAGGUCCUGCCUCAGGCGGGACGAAAAUCAGCCUCCUGGGAACGCAUCUGGAUGCUGGGAGCAAUGUCAGUGUUGUGAUCCGGGGAGCACCAUGUCAGCUGAUAAGGCGUAGCGCAGGGGAGAUUGUCUGCCUGUCUCCCCCCUCAGCCCUAGGUCCAGGCCUUGCUGAGCUCAGCCUUCGUAUUGACCGUGCUAACAUCAGCACCAACGGCACAGUCUCCUUCCGCUACAGCCCUGACCCGGUUGUCACAGGGAUAGAGCCUGCCUGGAGCAUUGCCAAUGGUAGUACCAGUCUCACAGUGAGUGGGACCCACCUGCUGACAAUCCAGGAGCCCCGUGUUCGAGCUGCCUAUGGGGGAAUAGAAACCAUCAAUAGUUGUCAGGUGCUGAAUGACUCGGUGAUGUUGUGCAAAGCCCCUGGCAUCAUACCUGGGGAGCAGGCCCUGCCCCUUGCAGGUGCUCACCCUGACGAGUUUGGCUUCCUCUUGGAUGAUGUGGCAGCCGCACGUACCUUGAACCGCUCAGCCUUCACCUACUACCCUGACCCCAGCUUUGAGCUGUUUGGUCCCAGCGGCAUCCUGGAGAUUAAGCCUGGAUCCCAUGUAGUCCUCAAGGGCAGGAACCUGAUCCCAGCAGUAUCGGGCAGCACACGACUCAACUAUACAGUACUAAUCGGCGGAGAGCCCUGCAUCCUGACUGUUUCAGAGACCCAACUGCUGUGUGACUCACCAAGCCAAACCGGGGAGCAGCCAGUUACGAUCCUGGUGGGGGGUCUCUCGUUCUCCCCUGGGACCUUACACAUUUACCCUGAGACAGCCCUGCCUUUGCCGGCUCUUGUUGGGUUAGGUGCAGGAGGAAGCCUGCUUCUGGGCGCUAUCAUCGGGGUGCUGGUGGCCUACAAGCGGAAGACGCGGGAUGCUGACCGUACUCUGAAGCGGUUGCAGCUGCAGAUGGACAACUUGGAGUCUCGCGUGGCCCUGGAGUGCAAGGAAGCUUUUGCUGAGCUGCAGACAGACAUUAACGAGCUGACAAACAACAUGGAUGGUGUGAAGAUCCCUUUCCUGGACUAUCGGACCUAUGCAAGGCGUGUGCUUUUUCCAGGGGUGGAUGAGCACCCAGCGCUGCAGGAGACCAGUACGCCGCCGAGCACAGAGAAGGGCCUCCGCCUCUUUGGGCAGCUUCUGCACACGCGGCCGUUCCUGUUGACCUUCAUCCACACCCUGGAGGGCCAGCGUGGCUUCUCCAUGCGGGACCGGGGGGCUGUCGCUUCCCUGACGAUGGUGGCCCUGCAGGGCAGGCUUGACUAUGCUACUGGUGUGCUGAAGCAACUGCUGGCAGAUCUCAUUGAAAAGAACCUGCAAAACCGUGCACACCCCAAGCUCUUGCUCCGCCGGACGGAGUCCGUAGCUGAGAAAAUGUUGACAAAUUGGUUUACUUUCCUACUGCACAGGUUCCUGAAGGAAUGUGCUGGGGAGCCGCUAUUUAUGCUUUUCUGUGCCAUCAAGCAGCAGAUGGAGAAAGGACCCAUCGAUUCCAUCACAGGCGAGGCUCGCUACUCGCUGAGCGAGGACAAGCUCAUUCGCCAGCAAAUAGAUUACAAGACCUUGACUCUGUUAUGUACCCCCCCUGAGCCCCCUGGGGGUCCUGCCGUGCCUGUCAAGGUAUUAAACUGUGACUCAGUGACGCAAGUGAAAGAGAAGCUGCUGGACGCUGUGUACCGUGGGGUGCCCUAUUCCCAACGCCCACGUGCUGAAGACAUGGAGCUGGAAUGGUGUCAAGGCAGUGGGGGGCGAACCAUUCUGCAGGAUGAGGAUGCCACAAGCAAGAUUGAAGGAGACUGGAAACGGCUCAAUACACUUGGGCAUUAUCAGGUAGCAGAUGGCUCUGCAGUGGCGCUGGUUCCUAGGCAGGCAUCAGGCUACAAUAUAGCCAGCUCUUUCACUUUCACCCACUCGCUGAGCCGCUAUGAGAGUUUGCUCCGCACCUCCAGCAGUCCAGAGAGCUUGCGCUCACGAGCCCCCAUCCUCACUCCGGACCAAGAUUCGGGUACCCGCCUCUGGCAUUUAGUCAAGAACCAUGAGCAUCUUGGAGACCCUAAGGAAGGGGAACGAGGGAGCAAGAUGGUGUCUGAGAUCUACCUCACAAGGCUCCUUGCCACCAAGGGCACAUUGCAGAAGUUUGUAGACGACCUGUUUGAGACUGUGUUCAGCACAGCACACCGGGCCAGUGCACUCCCCCUGCCCAUCAAAUACAUGUUUGACUUCCUGGACGAGCAGGCAGAGCGAAGGCAGAUUGGGGACCCUGACGUGCGACAUACCUGGAAAAGCAACUGCCUGCCCUUGAGGUUUUGGGUGAACGUCAUCAAGAACCCACAAUUUGUUUUUGAUAUCCACAAAAGCAGCAUUACAGAUGCUUGCCUCUCUGUGGUGGCCCAGACCUUCAUGGACUCGUGCUCCACCUCUGAGCACCGCCUGGGCAAGGAUUCCCCUUCAACAAAGCUGCUCUAUGCCAAGGACAUCCCUGUCUACAAAGGCUGGGUGGAAAGGUACUAUCGGGAUAUCACCAAGAUGGCUUCCAUCAGUGACCAAGACAUGGAUGCCUAUCUAGUGGAGCAAUCACGGCAGCACGCAGGCGAAUUUAACACACUGGGUGCACUGGGAGAGCUCUACAGCUACGUGGGGAGGUACAGUGAUGAGAUCCUGACAGCGCUGGAACGUGAUGCCGCCUGCCGAAAACACAAAUUGAGGCUGAAGCUUGAACAAGUCCAUCACUCUCGUUUCUGAACUAGCCUGAGAGUGAUGGGGGGGAGGGAGAGUGGGCAUGGGGGGGCACGCAUCCAGGAUAGACGUAUCAGAAAAAAGGACUCUACCCUCCAGCCUUGACUUGUGGCCCCCCAAGGGUGACAGACUUGACAUUUUUAACCUCCCUGUCGACAAGAGACGUGUGACCUCUUGCCCUGUAAGGCUGAAAUCCUGGGGUUUCAGAAAGAGGCUGUGCUGCCCACCCCCUCCCUACCUUCAGCCCGGAAGCAAUAACCAGCACCCUUUCCUCAGCAUCUGAAUUGGGAGGAGCACCUCAGAGUGAACAAUAAGGUUGGGGUGCAGCCAGAUAAUGCCCCCCCUCAAGCUGGCAGCUAAAUGGAGAUCCCUCACCCCAAAUGUUUGUGGACCCUCCCUGUAAUCAUCCAGACCAUUCCCAAUCCCCCACUCCUUGUUGGUAGCUGGUGGAAUUUUGCCCUUGUUCUGUUUUUUGGUACCAUGGCAAUCAGAUAUUUUAAUCCUUACCUGACAAACCCCCACCCUCUCACCCCACCCCACCUGUUGUGCCCUCUCCGGGUGCAGUGCCUUACUCAUUAAUUUAUUAUUGCAUCUCGUUAAGAUUAUUGGCUGUAAUAUGAUUCCAUUCCCUGGGUGUAGAGAUUUCAGUGUAAAAAGUCCUCCAUCCCCCCCCCCCCCAUCCGCAUCCUUCGAGUCUGUGUAAAUAUUUGCACUGCAGCCUGGAGGGAAUUGGUCCCCCCACUCUCCCCAAAAAUAAAAGAAAACUACACUUUUAAUCCCCCCCACUGGGGUUAAGGAGUUGGGGUGGGGGAAAUGUCCCUGCAGCUGGCAUGGGCUUUUUAUUGGUUCAUUUUAUAAUUAAUUUUUCUUUUGCUAAAUAAAAGCGUGGAAAAAUGUU